ACUCCCUCCCGGCUCUCGGCGCCGGAUCUCCGGCCUCCCGCACUCCCUCCCGGCACUCGGCACCCCGAUCCCCGGCCUCCCGCACUCCCUCCCGGCUCUCGGCGCCCAAUCCCCGGCCUUCCGCACCUUCUCCCCACUCUCGGCGCUCCGAUCCCCGGCCCUCCGCACCACCUCCCGGCUCUCGGCGCAGGAUCCUCGGUCUUCCGCAUCCCCUGUCCGCUCUCGGCGCUCCGAUCCCGCCCUUGGCGCCGCGACCCCCUACGGCCUCUGAGCUUCGACCCUCGGCUGCCCCGUCCACCCGGACCCGACUCCACCCCCAUCCAGCCCCUCCGCAUUCCAGCUCCGGGCGGGUGCCGGGCCACGCGGGCGAUCUCGUGCGGGCCCCGGCUCGCAGGGUGGCUGGGGCCGCCGGCUCUGUCUUCCCCUUCGCGGCCACCUUGCGCGGGUCGCGUCCCGCCCUGGGCCUGGCUUUGUGUCUGGCCCGGCCCCUCCGGUUCUAUGCGGGCCGAGUUCUGAAAGCCCCGUAGGCGCAGCCCGUCUCGAGCGUAGGCCCCCAGCAGCCUCAGGCCUUGGGCCAAGGGCAGGUACUCGGAGGGAGGGAGCAGGGCGUGCAGCCAGGUGGGGCAGAUGCGCCUGCACCGGCCGGAUUAGGAGCAGGGCUGGGUUUAGACUGCACUUGAGCUUCGUGGGAUCUGGCAGCUGCCCCACAUUUAGGUGGAAUGCUCAGCUGUGGUCCUGACUCAUGUCAGCCUGGUGAACAUAGGUAGGUGCCCUUUAAGUUGAGGGCAGGCAGCCUCUGCGUGGAACUCUGGGAGAGGAUGGUGACUCCCUGGCGCUUCCCUGUCAGGGUCUGCUUGUCACACCUAAGGGGUUUUGAGCUCAGAAAGGAAUUCAGUCUUUUAAGACCCUCUAGACGGAAUUCCAGACUAUGUUGGCUUCUGCUUGGCACUUUGCCCAAAUUCGUCUCAGUCUGUGGGGACGGGGCCCCUGAGCCCUUGUGUCAGCGGAGGGCCAGCUGGGUUGAACUGGCUGAAAAUGGGCCCCUGGAAAGAGUCCCCCACGAGGGGCGGCUAGGCUGCCUCCUCCUAUACCUCCGGAUUGGGCUCCGGGCUGGGGCUCUCUUGGUGAAAUUCUUCCCCCUCCUUCUACUCUACCCUCUCACCUACCUGGCUCCCAGCAUCUCCAGCCUCUGGCUCCACCUGCUUCUGAAAGCCACCGAGACCUCAGGCCCAACGUAUAUCAAACUGGGCCAGUGGGCCAGCACCCGGCGAGACCUUUUUUCAGAGGCUUUCUGUGCCCAGUUCUCCAAGCUGCACGUCCGGGUGACCCCACACCCUUGGAUUCACACGGAGCACAUCCUGCAGCAGGCCUUUGGGGAGGACUGGGGGAAGGUCCUGUGCUUUGAGAAGCAGGAACCUGUGGGUUCAGGCUGCGUGGCCCAAGUGUACAAAGCACAUGCCAAUCCUGUCUUCCUGGAGAACGACAGCAUCCAGAGACUUGCCCAGGCCUCCAGGCUGCAGCCUUGUUCAGAAGCUGGGGCACCUGAGGGGCUGAGAGAGCUCUUUGGACACCUGGAGAAGGAGUGGAGAUCUCAACGAAGUCUUGCUGACCAGUCAUUUCUAGAAAGGCUGCUUCUCCCUACAGCUGACCUGGUUGGAUCAGACGCAGUGGUGUCUCAGGCUUUGGCACCUGCCCACCUACCUGAACCACAUCACCUCAUCCCAGUGGCAGUGAAAGUAUUGCACCCUGGCCUGCUCUCUCAGGUGAGAAUGGACCUGCUGCUGAUGAAGAUGGGCAGCCAAGCCCUUGCACUUUUGCCAGGAAUCAAGUGGCUUAGCUUGCCUGAGAUAGUGGAGGAAUUUGAGAAGCUCAUGGUCCAACAGAUUGACCUGCGCUACGAAGCUCGGAAUCUCGAGCACUUCCAGUGCAACUUCCUGAACAUGAAGUCUGUCAGAUUCCCCACCCCGCUGCAUCCCUUUGUCACCAGGGAUGUUUUGGUGGAAACAUAUGAAGAGAGCGUGCCCGUGUCCAGUUACCAGCAGGCAGGGAUUCCCGUGGACUUGAAGAGGAAGAUUGCUCGGCUGGGGAUCAACAUGCUCCUGAAGAUGAUAUUUGUGGACAACUUUGUCCAUGCCGACCUUCACCCUGGGAACAUCCUGGUCCAGGGUGCCGAUGGCCUUUCCCAGAGCCAAGAGGCCCCGCUGCAGCAGGUGGAUGUUUGUGACACACUGGUGGUGUCCAUGACGCCUGCCCGGUGCCCACUGCGCCUGGUGCUCCUGGAUGCUGGUAUUGUGGCUGAGCUGCGGGCUGCUGAUCUGAGGAACUUCCACGCAGUUUUCAUGGCCGUAGCAAUGGGGCAGGGCCAAAGAGUGGCUGAGCUCAUCCUGCAUCAUGCUCGGGCCAGUGAGUGCAAGGACGUGGAGCGAUUCAAGGCUGAGAUGGCCACACUAGUAACGCAGGCCAGGAAGAACACUAUCACCCUGGAAAAGCUCCAAGUUUCCAGCCUUCUCUCGAAUGUCUUUAAGUUACUGAUGACUCACAAGGUAAAGCUUGAGAGCAACUUCGCCUCCAUUGUGUUUGCCAUCAUGGUGCUCGAGGGGCUUGGCCGCUCACUGGACCCCAAACUGGACAUCCUGGAGGCAGCCAAGCCCUUCCUGCUGAAAGGGGCAGUGUCUCCCCCGACUGGCAGUGGCAUGCCGCAGGCGUGCAGGGGGCCCUCCUCUCGGAACUGAAGGCUCCUCCCAACAGCCUCUCCUGGGGCAGUGAGAACACUUACAAAUUGGGAUGUGUGGAGGGCAUGCAUUGCUUUUCUCUCUGAUUUGGUUUAAGCAUCUGUUUAAAUAGCUUUGUGUUACUUGGGGAAGUAAAGGGAGGGAAGGUUCCUAUCUAAUCAGUUGUGGGAGCUGGGCCUGGUGGGAGACUAUUUCAGGGAAAAGGUUCUGUGGAGAAGGAUGAAUAAACUCAAGUUAUUUUGUUUUCUU